AUGCUGCCGAUUCUUAGGCUGAUAUUGGUGCUGCCCUCCUUGUUCGAUCGUUGGUCAACAGAAGAAGCCUCCCUCUGUUCUCUCCAUUCUUGUGGUAUCUAUCCAUGCACCCAACUGACCUAUCCACCAUCGGCAGAGCGAACAAAUCAGGGAAAAGCCGCUAAUCCGCCCGCGAAAGUGCCGGAAGCCCCGAAAGCAAGCCCUCCGCGUCACUUCCCAUCAAUUCUUCUGGUUUCUUCUCUUGUUGUAUUGCUGAUAUUCCCC